AGUUUGGAUGCCUUUCUCUCAAUAUUGUAUGUGUUUUGCAGUGUUUUCUGUGUUCAACACAUCCCUCAACAGUGCCUUCAAUUCAUUGCUGUCUUCGCUCUUCAAUUCAGUCAAUACUCUUCAACCGUUGUGUUGAAUGAUAGCAUUUGGUCACCACAUCAUGUGUUUCACCUGAAAUGAAAAGUAAAAACUGGUUAUAAAAGCAAUGAUUUGAAGAAUGGGUCGAAAAAAGAAAAGCGAUUUCAUUGAGAAGACGGUUGAGAAACGGGUGACGCGAUCGAAGAGAGACCAAUCAAACGCUUCCAACAAUGUUGUGGUCACUAAACCGUCGGCCAAACGGCGGGCAAACGCUAAGAAUAAUAAAAAUAUACCGCUUUUGGAUUUGCAGACAAUUGAAUUGGAAAACAUUGAAACGGAAAUUAUCGAUGAAUACGAUGGCAAUGAACUGAUCACAAGUGUGGACGACGAGGACUUAGACAUCGCUGCCAUCGAUGAUCAGCAUUUCAAACAAUCGGAUUGCAGUCCAGUAGUGGCGAAGAAAUCGCUUCCGGAACCGGUCUUAAGUCCAGGAGAUAAUGAUUCGUUCAGCGGAAUAGUUUUGGAGGGAAUCUGUUCUGAAACGGAGAUCAACAGCGAAACCACUCCUAAGAAGAGACCGAAACGAAAAGCCAAAGCGAAAGAAAGUGUCGAAGAAAUGGAUACCGAAUCCGUUGCCAAUAAUAACAAUAAAAGCCUUCCAUGUCUUGACUGCGGUCUUGAGUUCCCAGAUAUGCAUUCAUUGGUCGUUCACGAAGUGACAGCCCAUGAAGACAAGGGCUACAGAUGUCACGUUUGCGAAAAGAUCUUCACUCGGAAAUACCAUUUGGACCGACACUUGCAGCUGACGCCCUGUUCAGGACAGCCACCGCCGGCCCAUCCGUGCGAAGUGUGCGGCAAAGUGUACACAAGAAAAGACAAUUUACGCGAACACUUGAGAGUACACGCGGGAGAAGUGACCCGAAAGAAGAAGUUUAAGUGCGAUCACUGCCCGAAGAUGUUUCACGGGGCGAGUCUUCUCAGAAUACAUGUGCGGACACAUACCGGCGAAAAGCCAUUCACCUGCGACUUCUGUCCCAAAGCAUUCCCAUCGGGAGGCGCUCUCACUAAACACCGACGCAUACAUACGGGAGAAAAGCCGUACAAUUGUCCCGAUUGUGACAUUCGCUUCUCACUGAAGGGCACUCUGAAUCGACACAUGAGAAUCCAUACGGGAAUCCGUCCCCACAAGUGUCCCUAUUGUGGCAAACAGUUCAUCCAAGCGGGAGGUCUCAAAGCGCAUCUCUUCUACCACACCGGACAGAAUGGAUUCAAAUGCGAGUUCUGCUCAAAGAUCUUCAACAGAAAGGCCAGACUUCAGAUGCAUACCCGAUAUGUCCACGAGAAGGACAGACCCUUUGAGUGCGACGAUUGUGGCAAACGAUUCACUCGAAAGGAAGAUCUUAAUCGACAUUAUGUGUUGCAUACGGGAGAAAAGCCUCAUCAGUGCCCCACUUGUCUAAAACGCUUCUCCAUAAAGCCGUCUCUGAAACUGCAUUUAUUGACGCACACGAAGGAAGAGCCGCGCAGUUGUCAUGAGUGCGGCCGGGCUUUCAUUCGCAAGGAUUGUCUUCUCCGACAUAUGCGUAAAAGACAUCGCGAUUUACUCGACAAGAUUCUGAUGGAGGAUAAGGACGACGACGAGGCGUCUGGUUCUGCGGCCUCUCCCGGUUCGAGCGGUUAUGCGGUCAACAAUCGGGUUCUAAGCGAACAAAAGUUAUGCGAUUCCAUACGAGAAUUGCUGAGUCUUUUGGUGGACGAGACAACGCUGAAAGGGUUUGGAUGGCCCGACGCUCCCGUCGAUGAACUGCUCGAAGCGGUGAUCAAACGGUGCGGACACACACCUGUCAAACACGACAGUUACAGCUAUUAUGACAGACUUCGAGAGAACUCUAAGCUCUUGUUUACUGUCGUCAUCGAUGAUAAUGCAGUGAAAACUUUGCUCNGACGCUCCCGUCGAUGA